AUGCCUUCCCUCCGCCCAUCAUCCCCCUUGGUGGUGCUGCUCCUCCUCCUCCUCAACAGCGCCCAAGCCCAAGAAUCCUCCGCGACGGGCGGCACGACCGUGACGAACUGCUUCGUGCCGCCGUGCACGGUCAGCUUGCCGACCGAGACCCUGCCCUCGCUGUCCGACACGGUCAUCAUCUCGGACCCGACCACGACCGUGUCGUCGGCUUCGUUCACCGACACCGUCAUUCUGUCGGAUCCCACCACCACUGCCUCCACGACCGCUGGCGGGGGGCCUAUUUCGAUCCAGACUAGCAUGCCUAGUGGGAGUGGGAGUGGCUCGGGUAGUGGUGCUUAUACUACGGCUACGGUCACGGCGUCGGAUUCUACUGCUGCUACUACUACCACCAGCACGGCCGCCACACGCACCGACACGGGCGACGCGUCGGGGUCGGGCUUCACUAUCCAGACUAGCACGCCGGGCAGCAGCGGCAGCGGCGGCGACGGCUCGACUGUCGUGGUUGGGUCGACUAGCGUCGAGACUGUGAGUGGUACCGGGGCCGCAGGGGGGACCGAGACGAGUGCGAGUGCGGGUGCGAGUGCGACGGAGACGCCGGCUGCUGCUGGGAGGGUCGGCGCUCCGGGCGUGUUCUCGGGACUGGCGGGCGUGCUGUUGGCUUUGGUGGUUUGA